AUGGCUCAAACCUGGGCGGUUCUGGCUGCACUCUUUUUCUUGUUAAUCACCCUGGSUCAAACCCCAGCUUAUAACAUAGUGAAUGUGGAGGCUGGUCAUGAGGCUGUGUUGAGUAGCCCUUUCCUAAUCAAACAACCUUUGCUAAUGGUAACAUGGAAGACGAAAUUCAGCACUUACUGCUUGUUGGCCUACAGAUAUGAUACCAAUGAGACAAGAAAUUUGAACUGCAGUGAGAGGAUGACAUGGAAAUAUUCACCUGACAGUAACCCAGCUCUUCGGAUUUAUCCUGUCAACCUUGGUGAUGAGGGGAAUUACACUUGUGAAAUUGUCAACAGUGAGGGCAAUUUUCUUUUUCUUUAUUCUCUGUCUGUGAUAGUCCCUCCUACAGUGACUAUGACCACUGACAAUGGUGGGGUGGUGAUUUGUCAAGCCUCUGCAGGAAAGCCAGCUGCAGAAAUCUCCUGGGUACCGGMAAAUAACCACAGCACUGAGAAAGAAGUUCAUCAUCUCAAUGGAACAGUAACCAGAGUGAGCUCUGUAGACUGGAACAGCAACAUGAAUCCCACCGUGACCUGCCGCGUUACCCAUCCAGCCACCAACAAGACUCUGUCCCUAGAUCUAUUGUAUGCUUCCCUCAGUCUUCACUAUCUCGUGACAGUAGGAUCUGCGAGUGUUGCUGCUGCCAUUGGUAUUGGUGUGAUUUUAUGCUUGAUUUUCAGGUGCAAGGAUUAUUUCCCCCACAAAGUAUAUAAAUUGCAGAUAUUUCAUGAAUYGGGUACAAAUCAAAAGAGGGUUGGCAAGAAGGGACAAUCAGAGAAGGACAGAGAGGGCAGGACUAAGAACUUCAACCCAGCACCACAGUAUGAUGAUAUACACGCAGCUGAUCUUUCUAUUGAAUCGGAGAGUAUCUAUCAGAACUACAAGAGAACUAUGGGUAUGAACUCAUAACAGUGGAGGCACAAGCAGCCCAGUAUGAACUCAGCUACUAGUGAUAGGCAAUUACCUGAAUUUGGUCUUGAAAAAACUAAUUCAGACUUUGGUGCAAAGCAGGACAUCCAGCUGAGACUGGAAGAUAGCUGGGAAGAGCAAGGUGUUUUAGUAACUUAUUUCUCUUUUCUUCUAAAUACAGCUCUUGAAACUGGAAGUUUUAAAGGCUGGGUUGGAGAAAUGCACAUUUGA